CUACUCUCUUUGAUGAAAAGGUUGCAUUCCCCAACUUGGAGCAAAUGCAAAUUCUCAACAUGGAUAAUUUGAAGAUGAUAUGGCACAAUGAACUCCAUUCAGAUUCCUUUUGCAAAAUGAAAGUACUUGAGGUGAAAUACUGCGAAGAACUACUUAAAAUUUUUCCAUCCAUGUUGCUGAGAGACCUCCAGAAUCUUGGGGAUUUGGUCAUAUGGAAUUGUACUUCACUGAAAGAGGCGUUUGAUUUGCAAGAGCUGAUUAAAAUGAAAGAAACAGUGGCCUUUCAAUUGAGAACUCUGUACAUUGCAAACCUCCCAAAUUUGAAGCAUGUAUGGAAUGAAGAUCCUCUGGGACUUGUGCUGUUUCAUAACCUAAGUUCAGUGUAUGUUAGGGAUUGUCCAAAUCUAAAAUUUAUUUUCCCAGCUUCAAUAGCUAAAAAUCUGCCACAACUCGAAACCCUGCAUAUAAGAAGUUGUGAGGUGGAGGAAAUUGUUGCUCAGGACCAAGGAUUAGAAGCAACUUCUGAAUUUGUUUUUCCUUGCUUAAAGUUCUUGACUUUUGGGGAAUUAUAUGAGCUCAAGUGCUUCUACCCAGGAAUACACACUAUGGAAUCUCCAAUGCUAAAGAGGUUAGCGGUGUAUCAUUGUGAGGAAGUAAACAUUUUUUGUUCAGAAUAUGAGAACUUGGUAGAAACAAAUAAAGAGUGUCAACUCAUGACUCAAGUUCUGCAACCACUUUUCUCGUUUAGAAAGGUAUGGGCUCAAUCUCCCUGACAAGCUUAAAAUCUUUCUUUGUAAUAUCUGAAAAAAUUUUGGUAUUUUUG